AACCCAGGGAGGCACACAGGAAUUCAUCAUGCCCAAGGACAUCCCCAGCACUUCUGAGCAAAGCAAGUCUUUUCUUCUUCCCAAAAUUCGUAGACAUGGGCUGUGCUCAUCUCAGCCUUGGGCUUGCCAGACUUUGCGUCUGCCUUUGCGUGUUGAAGAAAUGUCAUUCAGCCCCAAAUUUAAUCAAAACAAAUGUUUUUAUCAUCAGUCCGAACAGCAGGGCCUGGCACUCAGGCUGUGGGGCGGGAUUGGAGGCACCAGAUGGAGAGGGGCCAUCAGAGCACAGCCCCACACUGGCCCACAGAGCCUGAUGAGCCCCUUGUCUUUGCUGGAUCGAGCCCAGCUGAUGUGGAGUUUGCCCGCAUCUUCUGGAGCACAGCCGUGCUGCCGCCGCUCUUUGAGCCCUGCCUGUGUCCCACCAACCUGUGCCGUGAGGGACCUCCGUCCCCUGGGCAGACCCCAGCCCACAGAUGGACCCCAUCAGCAGCUCACGGCGUGCAGGAAGCUGAAGCAAAAGACAAACACCGUCAGCAGGCCAAGAAGAAAGAAGAAAUACUGGCUUUGCUGAGGAAACAGAGAGAAGAAAGAAUUGCGAAAGAGCUGAUUUCUCGUCCACAUAAACCAAAGAUGAAAAGUGAUCAAGUAAGCAGGCAGAAGGUGUUUGAAGCAGAGCGUGAGGAUCAAGAAGCAGUGAAGGCCCUCAGAUAAUUCAGCCCAAGUCUGGAGGUGACAACCUGCACCGCUCAGGCUGUGUACAUCCCUGCUUUGGUCACAUUUCUUGUUCACACCAAGACACAGCACGACUGACAGCAGCUUCUCAACGUAGCCCAAAUGUCCCCGUGCUGCUGAAGUGAAAAUGAACACUUGAUUUGGAAAACUUACUGAGCUGCGGUGCCCUUUGUGCUGGUGGUGGUUUUGGAAGCCCUCUCCAUUGCUGCCAUGUCAGAACCACUUUGUGUCCUACAGCACUUUGUUCCCAGUUGGGUUCUUCUAUUGGAAGAGACCAAAUGCCAGUAGCAGAAUGUGUACCCACCACUGAUUGCAGAAAGCAUCAUGCUGAUGCUUGCCAUGGAUGUACUCCAAUGUUUUUUCCUUCUGAGCCAGUACAGAAAUGUUUUCCAAUGGGUUCAGUAGAUGUAGAUGAUUUCCUUUGUGUUGGGUGCUGUUCUGAGAACUCCUGAUGUAGGUGGAGAUUUAAGACCGUGUCAGAGGCUCACGUUCAGCCCUAAAUCCAGGCCGUGUCAGUUCAGCUGCUCAGUUAUUCCUUGUAUUCAAGGCAUUUCCAUAUGAUAAUAGUAAUGGUGAAAAUGGGACAUCUUCAUGGAUAUGCCAUGCUUUGAAGUGCCCUUCCCUUCCCUUCCCUUCCCUUCCCUUCCCUUCCCUUCCCUUCCCUUCCCUUCCCUUCCCUUCCCUUC